UUUUUUUUUCUUCUUCUUCCUAACCAUCCUUUCCUUAUUAGUCUUUGACGUUUCUGUUUUCACUUAACUUUUUUUUAUCAUUCAUUGUCAGAUGAUGUCUGCUCAAACUAAUUCCACAGACCCAUCAACAAUUGAUGAGCGGAUCCCUCAGUAUGUUCAGAAACUUGAAGCUGCAAAAGAUAAGCUGGAGCAAGACAAAGGCUUGCAAGAAACUUGGGAUGAAGUAGCCAGUACCUUUAAAUCUUUCGCUGACGCUGCUCGAGAUGCAAAAGCGCGGACUCCUAUUGGCGAAUCAAAGGCUGUGCCGUUAAUUGUUAGAAUCGAGGCAUUAAACGAGCAACGCUUGGCUCAUGUUGAUAUCCAAGCCAUGCGUGCCUUUGCAAAUAUCUGUGUUGAUCAUGAGGAGAAUAGAAAAAAGCUUCUUGAAGGAAACGCGUUCGACAUUGUGAUUGAGAUUCUCAAGCAUACAACUGAUUCAGAUGCGAUCAAGACCGCCUGUGGGGCUCUUUUGAACACCACUAUGGCUUAUGAGCCAGCACAAACAAAAGUAGUUGAAUUAGAUGUCAUCGAACAAUUGCUCAAGAUCUUAAAAGCCGAGAGUAUUACUGACGACAACGAAACUAGCAUGACUAUUGCUUCGCGUGUCAUUGCGAAUCUGAGCGAAAGUGACGCUGGAGCAAAAUCGGUAAUCAAGUUUGGGGGUAUCAGGACAAUCGUUCAGCUUCUAGGAAAGACUGCCAAAGAUGUAGAUGCCUACAUGGAUUUAUUCGAUACAUUGAUAGAUAUUUUGCGCGCAGCGAUAUCUAAGGAAUCGGCGCAAGUCGCAGUCCAGAAAGAGGAAUUAUUGUCUUCAUUACUUGAAAUACUUGAACACUCAGGCACAUCUGAUGAGGGCAAGACAGAAGAGGAAAAGAAGGAGGACGAUAAGAAAUUUGGAGAGACAAAAGCUGCUCUUAUGGAGGUUGUUGUUUCGACAACUAUGGCAGAUGCCAAUAUGGCGCCGAUCUUCAAUGACAAAAGGGUCAUGGAUGUAUUCCUUGCUUGGUUGGAUAAUGUUGAACGGGAAGACUUGCAGACCUGUGCAGCCCUCUGUCUAGGCAACAUUGCAAGAUCAGAUCAACAUUGUGUUAAACUAGUACAUGAAUAUCGCGCUGUCGAGCCAUUAAUCCGCAUUGUCAGGAAGGCAACGGACCUAAAGGCAAGCCAUGCUGCGACCGGGGUACUCAAGAACCUUGCUCUUGCAGAGAAGAAUAAGGAAAGCAUGGGUGACGCAGGUGUGAUCCAGGCAUGUUUCCCCCUUCUCAAGAAGGAUAAUGCUCUUCCUCUUCAGAAUAACAUUGUAGGCAUUUUGAAACGCCUUUGUACCAACAGCAGCCAGAAUACAAUCCGAGUGGUCUCAGGGCGUGAACCCUUUGAAACUCUUUCAUCCACACCCAACUCUGAGAGUGAAAUCGAAACCCCUCUUUCAUUGUUGGUAGAAUUGGUCGGAAGAGCAGAUGAUUUCGCACUCAAAAGUGAAGGCACCCGAACACUUUGCAAUUUGAUCAAGGUAACCUGGGGUAGCGAAAUUAUGAAGUCAUUUGAUAGCGCAUCAGUCACAGCAUUACAGCAGACCUUGAACACGCCAAAGGUAGUUCUCGCCAUUGCUGCCAUGACCCGCAAUCCAAAGUAUGUAGUGCUUCAGAACGAAGGCGUUAUUGCUCUAACACUCUUGGUCAGCACACCUACGCGAGAAGAAAAUGUGGAAAAUCCUGUUCUUGAAUCACUCGUGUCUAUUGAGGUGGAUGCAGAGCCUGAAUCCGAAAAGACAACUACCUCUGAAAAGCCAUUGGAUCAAACAAAGCCAUUGACAUUACUGGAGAAUCUGCUUAGCCUUGUCAAGAAUCAAAAUGGCAACGUGCCUGACGAAGUUCGUACAAAUGUCUGUGUGCUCCUGAGAAACGCAUUGGACACUGCAGCGCGUAAAGGCGAGGAUCAUGCCUAUCUAACUUUCUUAAGAUCUUCAGGCAUCAAGGGUUCCUUAAAAGAACUCACAAAUCAAUCACAGACAGAGCUUCGUCCUUUGAUCCGCAAUGCUAUUCAAGAAGUAUUGUCUCGUCUUGAGUAAAAAAAAAAAAAGAAAAAAAAAAA